AUGUCAACAAUUCUCUUCACAACAUUCGCUUGCGGACACGAAGAACGUUCAUCAACCCGCAUCGGCACUGAGCGAGGAACGGGAUUGGGUGGCAUGAUCCGGCGAAUAAACAGCAAAAAAUCAACUGGACCUGUGAGAGCAGAUUCAGCACUGUUUUGUUCAGCCUGUCGGAAGAAUUCAACUCCACACAUGCCAUCUCUCAGACGAAGCAACUCAACGAAUUCCCACAAGUCAUUCCGAGGGGCAGACGAGGGAGAACCUCUAGAAGACCACCCGCAUCCGCUCAGAUCUCAUCCAAUCAUUCGCCCGAUCACUCAUCGUUCGAUCAAUCCGCGCCAGUUCACUCCUGCGCCGGAGUCCGAAGAACCUGACAACGACGAUGCAAACCCAUUUGCCAAUAAGUUUGCUGACUUCUCCUGGUACGGACCGCAUGAUUUCACACGCAAGCACCCGAGUGAAGUGAAAGAAGAGGAUCUCGACCGUGAAACAAUUCCGAUCACUCAUUCGUUGGGGAGCACCGUGUCACCGAGUCAUCCUGAACCUGACUGGUCACUUCCAGAAUCAGAAUCCACACCUAAAGUUGCCAGACAACCAAGUAAAGUAGGUAGAAUUGUGCGUGAAAUCGAGAAGAAGUCGAAGACAGAGUGA